AUGCCCUCGCCAAUUGGCGCAAAGAGCCCGCUACACCCCCCGCCAGAAGAGAAGCCACCGCUGCGAGCAAUCGAUGUCGCCGACGAGUUCUUCAAGAAAGAGCUGGCGCGCCAUGAUGGCAUGGAAGGCACGGUCAACCCGGGGACCAUUGUUAUUGUCCACGACCAAUGCUAUGGCCAUCGCUUUUCGCGACCGAAAACACCAAAAGGCAUGCUGAGCCUGAUCAUGGAGCGCCCGGAGAGGAUACUUGCGAGCGUACUGGGCAUAUCAGCAGCCUACGUGCGACUGGGCGACCGUCACAUGGAAGGCAGUCAUCCGCCACACCCAUAUGACAAUCCCCCCGAGCGCAUACCCUUCAAGAUUCGCAAGACGUCGCGCAUGGUGGACAUCACUUCACCGGUUGUAACCAACGUACAUGGCACAAAGUGGAUGGGCGAGCUUGAUUCUUUGUGCAACAACGCCGAGCGCAAGCUAGCAUCGACCGGGAAAGAGCUGGUGCGUGAUGGUCCUCCCAUUCCCGGUCAGUCCUCGAAGAAAGAGCUCCACUCAGGUGACCUCUAUCUGUGCUCGGAAUCUAUGAAUGCGUUCAAGGGUGCACUCGGAGGCGUAUUGGAUGCCGUUGAUGCCGUCUUCCAGGGCACCAGCAUGGGCGACGGCCCCUCACGAGCAUUUGUCUGCAUCCGUCCGCCUGGCCAUCAUUGCUCGGAUGACUAUCCUUCUGGAUUUUGCUGGUUGAACAAUGUGCAUGUUGGCAUUGAGCAUGCCAUGAUGAGGUACGGUCUGACACACGCCGCUAUCAUCGACUUUGAUCUGCACCACGGAGACGGCUCCCAAGCCAUCACUUGGGCGCGCAACAAGAAAGUGCAGGGAAUGUCCCGGAACACUCCCAACUCGAAGAAGACAUCCAUUGGCUAUUUCAGCUUGCACGACAUCAAUUCUUACCCAUGCGAGGAUGGCGACGAUGACAAAGUUCAGGCGGCGAGUCUGUGCAUCGACAACGCCCAUGGUCAGUCCAUCUGGAACGUGCAUUUGCAAUCGUGGAGGACGCCCGAAGAUUUCUGGAAGAUCUACGAGGAGAAGUACAUGGUUCUGCUCGAGAAGACCCGGCAGUACUUGAAAUACCACACCAAGCGCCUAAGCACGUCGCCAAACCACCCUGCACCAAAAGCAGCUAUUUUCUUGUCUGCCGGGUUCGAUGCAAGCGAGCACGAGACGGCAGGCAUGCAGCGCCACUCCGUCAAUGUUCCUACGGAGUUCUACGCCCGGUUCACUCGAGAUGUUGUGCGGCUUGCAGAGGAAGAGGGCACUGGCGCUGAUGGUCGCGUGAUCUCAGUGCUUGAAGGUGGCUACAGCGACCGGGCACUCUCCAGUGGUGUCAUGAGCCAUCUUGCUGGACUCUGCGAUGGGCAAGUAUACAAUGACUCAGCGCCAUCGAAAGGUCUUGCCUUCGACAUGUCACAGCGACUAGGUGGGCUGAGCAUGCGCGACGAAGAUGUUUCGAUGCAAUCAGCUGGACCCGAAGCCACUCCCAUCAGCUAUGACCCUCGCUGGUGGCAUGUGUCCAAUUUGACAGAGUUGGAAAAUAUGGUCAACCCGCCGCCGGCUGUAGCGCCUAAGAAGCCACGAGCUGGAGCACCAGCACAUUUCUCCUCGCCGACACAAUCGUUCGUUGCCAAAGUGGUCGAUCCCACCAAGCUAUCACGCAGCCUUGGCGCGAGAUACCCCUCUAGUCCCUCACGAGCUCCGACACCGCCACCACCUGAAGUUGAUUGGGUGACUGCGGCUUAUUCUCUGAGUCAGCUCCUGAUUCCGUCGGAUCGACAAACUCGAAGCCACAAGCCUGAGGAUCUUGCUGAGCCCAAAGUCAAGAAGGAGAAGCCGAUACCGCCACCACUGAGCUCUGUGCACUUAGAUCCAUCUGGACGACAACUUCGAGGACGUAAAGCUGCCACAACUUAUGUUGAUCCUGCCUCCGGCGAUGAGAAGGCAUCCCUGCGACCAGAGUCACGGACAAGUCGACGACAGACAAUUGCAGACUUUCAGCUAGCCACUGCCGACGAGCCUGCGCCAACGUCUCGUUCUGUCUCGCGACGAAUGAGCAUUGCAUCCAGCGUCUCUUCGAUUGGCGACAGGAGCGCCAGUCGCGAGCCCAGCGUUGCUUCGAGGAGAAGAAGUGUAGCACCUGCCGUUGCUCCAACAACCAGUGUUGCUGUCAAGAAACCUCGAGGCGCUACCACGGCGGCCACUGCACGUGCGGCCCAGCGUCCGCCAGCACUUCGAGUACCCUCUAACUAUGCAAGCAAGCCUGGUGCAUCCAAAGGCAAGGAGAACGACGACAUGGACGCGCUCACAUCAGGUCUCAAGCGCAUCACCCUCAAGCUACCUCCGAAAGAAGAGUAUGAAGCCCGUGAAAGAGAGAAGGAGGAGAAGAAGGCGGCGGAGGCGAUAAAGAAAGCUCCAGCGAAGACGACCACGAGGAAGCCUGCUGCGCCGCGCACGGCCGCCACAAAGCCUGCAGCCAAACCAACCACGGCCAAGAGAGGUCCCGGAAGGCCACCCAAGUCAUCGAAGCCCGCUUCGCCUGUCGAUCCAGGAGCUGUUGCUGCUGCGCCAGAACCACCAAAAGUAGAGAACACUGCGACUACAACUUUAGUACAACCUCGGCCUGUGCAGCCGGAUCUCGUCUCAACACUCGUCCAGCCGCCUCCGUCACACUCUGCACAAGCUGGACCCGUGGUCGCAGAUGCUUCAACUAUUGACCGUCGCACGUCUGGUGGCCGUGCUGAACCACCAAACGAAAACACUCCCAUCGAGCAGCUUCGUGAGCAGCUUCCAAAACCGUCUUUCAUCACUGUCUCCGAACCGGUGCAGAACAUUACCCCACCCGCUCGCGCGGAAACACCUCCACCUCCGCCCCCAUCAAGCAUGCACGACUUUGUCAACUACACUACACAGUCGUUCGGUCCGGCACCUGCUGCGUUAGAUGAUGCCAAGGAGGCAGAUGCGCCGUUGCAAUGGCUCCCUCCAAACACUGAGCUGAGUGGCGCGACACCAAUGUCUCCGCCGAGCAAGAAGCAAGAUCUACCGGUUUUUACAGCGAAUGGUGUCAUACCGUUCGCAUCUGCAGGAGCUGGACAGCAGGGCGUGAAGGAAGAGGAGAACCGGCAGGAUAUCUGGGAGGUGCCGGAUACGCCAGCCCGCUGA